CUCUGUCCCCAGAUCAAGGCACACGUGCGUCACCGACGGUAGCAUCGCUGGCCAGCAAAUACGAGGCGUCACCCUCACGACCGCAACGGCCCUUUCCCACCCGACGAGUCGCUUUGUUCCCGACGGCGUAGGAGCCGCACCUACUGCCCGCCAUGCCACAGCCUCUCAGCGCCAAGGAGAGCUCGCUCUUCCGCCAGGUCAUCCGCAACUAUGAAGACAAACAGUACAAGAGAGGCCUCAAGGCUGCCGAGCAGAUUCUCAAGAAGAACCCCAAGCAUGGUGAUACCAUGGCCAUGAAGGCGCUGAUCCUCAAUCAGCAGGGCAAGACGGAAGAGGCCUUCGCGCUUGGCAAGGAAGCCCUGACGGCCGACAUGAAGUCGCAUAUCUGCUGGCACGUCUACGGUCUGCUCUACCGACACCAGAAGAAUUUCGAGGAGGCAAUCAAGGCAUACAAGUUUGCACUGAGACUGGAGCCGGAGUCUGCGCAGAUCCAGCGUGACCUGGCCCUGCUUCAGGCGCAGAUGCGGGACUACCAGGGCUACAUUCAGAGCCGGACAGCAAUGCUACAGGCCCGACCGCAGGUCCGACAGAAUUGGAGUGCUCUAGCCAUUGCCCACCAUCUGGCUGGUGACCUGGCGCAAGCCGAGAAGGUGCUGACGUCGUACGAGGAGUCGCUGAAGACGCCUCCCUCCAAGACCGAUCUGGAGCAUUCCGAAGCGCUGAAGUACAAGAACUACAUCAUUGCUGAGACUGGCGACUACCAGAGGGCACUGGAUCACCUCGAGACAAUAGCCAAGAGCGGUCUGGAUCGGUUGUAUGUGCUGGAACGCCGUGCGGAGUAUCUGUACAAAUUGGGCAAGAAGGAGGAUGCCGCCAAGGCCUACCGCGCACUGCUGGAGAGAAACCCAGACCACGCCGAGUACUACAACAAACUCGUUGAGGUGCUCGACUUGCCUGCCGACGACCAGGCUGCAAAGAAAGCGGUCUACGACGAAUAUGCCACCAAGUUCCCUCGUGCAGAUGCGCCAAAGCGGCUGCCGUUGGACUUCCUCGCUGAGGAUGAUUUCGAGGAGGCCGCCGAUUCAUAUCUCACCUACAUGCUCGAUCGGGGAGUUCCGUCGACAUUCGCUAACCUUAAGCACCUCUACAAGGAUGCCAACAAGAAGGAGACACUUGAGUCGCUCGCACUCGAUUACCUCGAGACGAAGGAGAAGGAGAGUACAGAGAAGACUGCCAGCAGCGACUUUAAGGGCGAGACCGCCGCCCUGUACUUCCUCGCUCAGCACUACAACUACCACCCGUCACGAGACCUCACCAAGGCGCUGGAGUAUGCUGAGAAAGGUAUUUCGUUGAUGCCGAAGAACGUUGAGUUCCACAUGACGAAGGCGCGGAUAUUCAAGCACCAGGGCAACACCCAAAAAGCCUCGGAGAUCAUGGAUCAAGCGCGGAACCUCGAUCUAAAGGACAGAUACAUCAACUCGAAAUCAGUCAAGUACAUGCUUCGCAACAACGAGAACGAGAAGGCGCUCAAGACGUUUGCUCUCUUCACAAGAAGCGAUUCGCCGAACGGACCGUUGGCUGAGCUGAUAGACAUGCAAUGCAUGUGGUUCUUGAGCGAAGAUGGCGAGGCCUACGUACGACGCGGAGAUGUUGCGCUUGCCCUCAAGAGAUUCCACACCAUCUACAACAUCUUUGAUGUUUGGCAGGAGGAUCAAUUCGACUUCCACAGCUUCUCAUUGCGGAAGGGACAGCUUGCAGCUUACAUGGAUAUGAUUCGGUGGGAGGACAAGCUGCGCGAGCACCCAAUCUAUACGCGCGCAGCUCUCGACGCCAUUGCCCUGUACAUCAGCAUGCACGAUGGCAGGUCGGCCACAAAUGGUGUCAACGGAUCAGCAGAUGACGAGGCCGAAGCCGAGCGGAAGAAGGCUGUGAAGAAGGCUCGCAAAGAUGCCCAGAAAGCGGAGAGAGACGCGGCUGAGAAGGCAAGCAAGCAGGACCCAAACAAGGCCAAGGCAGCCACUGGCGAGCCAGUCAAGAAGGACGACGAUCCGUACGGGGAGAAACUUGCUGCAACGACGCAACCUCUGGUGGAAGCCACCAAAUUCCUCACGCCUAUCCUUGAGCAUAGCCCCAAAAACAUCGAUGGCCAGAUCGCAGGAUUUGAGGUCUAUCUUCGCAGGGAGAAAUAUGUCCUUGCUUUGGGAUGCCUCAAUGCGGCUCUUGCUCUCGAUGCCAGCAACCCAAGCGUGCACGAGCAGACGGUGCGCUUCCGCACCACCAUCAACACCAAGCUUGAUUCACUACCUGCCCAGGUUGCGGAAGUGAUCAAGUCUGAAUUCAAGGCACUCGAUACCAACGUCGACCUGAAGCAAUACAACACCGAGUUUCUUGCCAAGCACAAGGAGAGCGCCCUGCACGUCAUCGCGGCGGCCCGCACUGCGAAGCUGCUGGGAGAAGAUACCGCCAAGGCUGAGAAGGCGCUGGCCAGCGUCCUCGACCUUGAGAGUGUGGAGCAUGACCAGGCGCUCGAGGCAUAUGCAAUCCUGCGUAACUGGCGCAGCUCAGAGGCCGAGCCGUUCAAGGCUGCGGCUCAUAAGAAGUGGCCAGAGGUCACAAUGUUCGCUUAAGCGUUCCCGGGUCAGAAAACUGAAGGCCCGCAACCAUGCAGCCCUACGACCUACAGACGAACAAAAGGACGGUUUUGGCGGUUUUGGGUAUACAUAGUGAAACCAUACUCAUGACAGCAUCUAUUCAGUGCAUUUGUUUGGUGCAGGGCAUCUGGAAGCCUGUCACAUUGGUGGUCAUAAAAAGUCUAGGUAGACGGAAGAAAAAAGCAUAUUGUCUCUACAGAGUUUGGAUGCCGUGCUUCGCAAUUCCUCCUUAGUAUUGUGCACCGAUGCAAUCGAACCUAAGCAGCCU